CGACUUGGUGCGAGUGGGAAGAGACAAAGCUGCCUCGGGGAAUGAAGCGUUUUUCAUCGAAUGAAGGCAAAUUAACGCGUUUGCUUGGCUGAGAGUCUGCUCUCCCUCCACCUCCACCUCCACCUCCCAUCCCCUUUUCCCCCCAUCAUCUUAAAGCAGCGUCGCCAGCUAGUGGCGCACAUUCCCCGUUCUCCGUGCGCGCGGAAAAGUGCGAGGCGCGCACACCAUCACCAUCACAGCACUGCAUGAGCCGCGCACAGGUGUCGGACGAGCCAUGUCGACGCUGCUGGAGCUGAAGAGCAGUGUGCUGAGGCAGGUGCAGAGGAGCCAAUCCCUGAGGAGCCGGAGAGAGCCUCCGCCUGCCAGCGCCAGCCCGCAGACCCUCCCACACAAAGCAGAGCGCCUUGCCUUCGGGGUUGCCAAGGGGAAUGGGGAGUUCUUUGAGCGAAUGAAUAAAAUUGUCCAGAAGCAAGACAGUCUCUUGGCUUCCACUCAAGCCGAGGAGGAGAUUAUUGCAGGUCCACCGCCGCCAGAAUGUACAGACCAGCUGCUUGUCCCUGAGAAAACCACAAGGAAUGAACUUGAUUUAUUGUACGAGGAGGCGGUCUACACCGUGGUUAAUCGGGUUGGAGUGCCGUCACCUGAGUACGUGACUAAUGAAGAGGAUUUGUUCAGCUACCUGCAGAAGGUGUUUGAUAUGAGCCAAGAGGAGCACGACAUCAUCCUCCAGAGAGUGAAGGAGUCUAAGAGACCAGGCUUCUCCCUGAGGGUUUCUGUCAUGAAAGGCAAGAAUCUCAUGGCGAAAGAUGCCAACGGUUACAGUGACCCCUAUUGCAUGCUGGGCAUUCUUGUGGGACAAAGUCCACGUGAGACGGAGGAGAGAAAGGAGAGGAAGUUCAGCUUCCGUAAGAGGAAGGAGAAGUUAGAGAAGCGCUCCAGCGUCAAGGAAGUGCUGGCUGCGAGAGACAUCCAAGUGACCGAAGUCAAACCCGAGACGCUCAACCCUGUGUGGGACGAACAUUUCGUUUUUGACAUUGAUGAUGUCCAGAAUGAUCUUCUGCACCUGGAUAUAUGGGAUCAUGACGAUGACGUGUCCGUGGCUGAAGCCUGCCGUAAGCUGAAUGAGAUCAGUGGCUUCAGAGGAAUGGGCAGAUACUUCAAGCAAAUUGCCAAAUCUGUGAGAGCCAACGGAGCGUCAGCGUCAGGGAGCGAAGACAAUGCAGACGACUUCCUCGGAUGCCUGAACAUCCCGUUAAGUGAGAUCCCGGUUAUUGGCUAUGAUAAGUGGUUCAAGCUUGAGCCACGGUCCAGUGCAUCUAAAGUGCAGGGAGAAUGUCACCUCAUUCUAAGACUCUUCACCAACCAGAGAGACUCGGCUCUGAGCAAAGUGGCCUCAAACGUGAUCAUUCACCAGAAGUUGUUAAGUCAGAUUCUGGAGUAUGAGCACAAGCAAGUUCAGAAAGAGCCCUAUAACUGGAAUGGACAGGUGUGCCCAGCUGCAUGGACUGUGCUCUCCCAUCAUGCUGUGCAGGCUGAUCUGACUCCACUGCAACAGGCCGUCAUUCGCUGGCACUGCUACAGUAGCCAUCACCGCUCUCAGAGGAUGUGUUACGCGCUGCUGCUCAGGCUGCUGAGGGCCGUGGAGGCUGAGUGGGAGGCUGGAGAUGUGAAUAAGGAGCUGGAGAACCUCCUCGCUGAGAGCUUUAAACUCUACUGUGAUUACUGCCUGUGUCUUAUAAAGAGCAUGAGGCAUGUGUUCCCAUGCACCAACCCUGCGGCUAUCACACGAUGUGAGAUAAUGCUGAGGACUGUCGGACAGAUGCAGCUGAUGCAAGCGUUUAAAGCGGUUUGUCCUAACCGCAAUGAGCUACACCUGGAAAUAGCGACUGUCAUAAAGAAAGGCACAGUGGAAUGGUACGAAGCCACAAUUUCACACUUUAAACCAGACGAAGGGACUGUUGAAGAGCAGCUGAAGAGACUGGUUCUGGUGGUGGACGCCGUGUGUGUCGAUGUUCAACGAGGACAGAACGUCUACAACAAGCUCUUUCAUGACUCGGUGAAGGUGGACUUCUUCAGCAUCUCCUAUCGGCAGUUAGAGAAGCUGGUGGCUGAUGAUGUGAGUGUCGCAAUGGAGCGUGUUUGUGGGACUUUGGAACAGGAGAAUUAUCGUCUCUCGCAGACGAUGGGGGAAACCUUGUUCGAAGUCUUCAUAUCUCUGAAGACUCUCAAACGAUUCAGGGAGUUUCUGCCUCUCAAAGACACUAAGAUGCUGGCACUAACGGGUUUUCACAAUUGGUUCAAAUCCUCCAUUCAUAAAUGGCUGCAGAUUGUGCACGAGAAAUCUAUUGACAGGAUUCGCAAAGCCGUGGACAUGGACCAGUUCGAGCCGGUCCAGCAGCACGCCAAACACAGUGUGUCAGCAGUGGAGGUCACCACAUGCUUCAGCCAGGUGCAAGAGUUCUGGACCCAGCUGGCUUGGCCCGACUCAGCAGGGGCGUUCAUCUUCAUCACUCGCUUGACUGACAAUUUGUGCAGUGAGGCGGUGUGCUAUGCAGAGCUCCUGAAGCGCAAAAUUGAAAGGAACCAGCUGGGUCAGGACCACCGGACCUUCAUCAUGCAGUUCUUUCUAACCUUGCUUAUGAUCUUUUUUUUUUUUAAAAAAAAUCUCUUCUUACUUCCACCUUUUCUUUUUUUUCCCCACAUCUUCCUCUUCUUUCUCCCGCUCCCUGCUUUUGGCCAGCUCUCUGUGGCACUUAACAACACAGAGCAUGUGCGCACAUAUCUGUCCAGCUUGCCACGCGAGCUGGGCUGGAGGGCUGUGGAGCAGGCUAUGGAGGAGUCGUGUGGAGCUGAAGGCAAGGAGCAAGUGAACAAGGCUUUGAAUGGCCAGCUGUACAAUGCUGACCUGGAUCUGCAGAGAGAGGCUAAAAGGCUAAUCACACACCUCACAGAUAAGAUGCUUCCUGAGCUUAGGAGAUACAUUCAGCACAUCAGCCUCUCUCCAGACACCAUUAAUAAUGAUGAUGCUGUAUCUCCACUAAUGAAGUUCCUAGAUUCCACCUUAGUCAUUCUCAGUGAGUCACUGGUGAAGGAGAACCUGACAAGGGUUCUCUGGAGUCUCUGGGAGCUACUGCUGAGGAUGAUCCUGGACUCAGUGGCAGAGAACAGAGGUGUCCAGGUGGAGUUCUAUACACGGUUCCAAUACACUAUAGAGACCUUGGUGCGGUUCUUCCAUGCUAAUGGUGAUGGGCUGCUCUUGGAGGACCUCAAAUCUGGUGACUACAAGGUCUUAGAGGAAGAGCUGCGACUGAACAAGUGUACCUCCUUCGAGCUGAUCGAGCAGUACUUCCUAGAGAAGAUAUCUCAGCAGAGAAUCUUGAAGCACAGUCGAUUUGGGCGCAUUAGUGUUAAAUGUUACUACGAUGCUCCUGAACAAAGACUCACCGUGGAGAUACUGCAUGCGGCUGAUCUCAUUGCCCUGGAUGCUAAUGGUCUCAGUGAUCCAUUUGUCAUAGUGGAGCUGUGUCCUCACCACCUCUUCCCUAACUCCAGGAGUCAACGCACACAAGUGAAGCUCAAAACUCUGCACCCGGUUUUUGAUGAGCUCUUCUACUUUCAUGUAAGCCCUGAGCAGUACAGACACAGGUGUGCUUGCCUCACCUUCACUGUGAUGGAUUAUGACUGGCUAUCAACCAAUGAUUUUGCUGGGGAAGCAGUGGCCCCCCUGAGUGACUUCUGCUGGCCAGGCCGACCCAGUGCCACUGCUGCAGGGAAAACUCUGCAGCCGAUUAUCCUGCAUCUGUCCCGCCAGAAACCGAGUGAGAAACCAAUCAUGAAGAUGCUGGAGGCAAGGACAGGAGACAGAGAAGCUCAAGAGUUUGUGCGAAAGCUGAAGGAGAUCGAGAAGUCAAUGGAGGAAGAGUAAUUUUUCAUUGGUGGUUUACAAUACUGCCAACUAUGUGCUUUUAUACCUGUUGUACUAUGUUUGCUAUUUAAAAAGAAACUCUUUUAAAUGUGUAUUUUUAACUGUUGUCCAAUAUAUAUAUAUAUAUAUAUAUAUAUAUAUAUAUAUAUAUAUAUAUAUAUAAAAGUGAGCUAUAUGAAAUUGUUUAAAGAUCAGUAUUUUGUCGCUUGUCCAGCACUUUGUGUGCUGUGUUUUAAUGUAUUUGGCUCACUAAAGGAGCUCGUGAGAAUUAUAUUAAUUUAAUAAUAGUAUAUUUUUAAGUAUGUUUAGAUGGUAAGCUGUCAAAUUAGAUUUUCAAAGUUAUAUAAGGUCUAGUUUUCUGUGAUUUGAAGUUUAAGAGAUAUUACGAUAUGUUUACGACUAACGCUCAACCGACAUAAAAAAGAUUAUUCACUGUAACGUGUUUCUGGUACUUUUAAGAUCAGCGAGAGGGUCUGUUUUACGAACGGAAAAAAAAAAAUCUCUUAUUGAGGAAAAUGCUUUCACAAAUCUGUUUGAAAACUGUGAACUGUGAACAUUUGUUCUGGACUCACACUGGACUAUGUUGACAAUUUUACUGUAGCAUUUUUGUGAGAUCUUGUCUUUCCUAAAGAAUGUUUAAUUAUGCUAAGUGGUUCUUCAGUGUACUGGUUUUAAUGUUCAGACGGUUUUUCUCAUCGUUUUGCAUCAGGCAGAGACAAGGGCAUCAGCUGAGUUUACAAAAAAGGGCUUCAAAUUUUACACAGUUCCAAGUGGUCUCCUUUUCCUUUUUGAAUUUUAGAAAGACAGACAUAUAGUUAGGGGUGAUUAAGCAUAGCUAAAAUAUAUUUCCUGUUUUAACAACAGUCCCAAUUAACCCAGUUUUGAAACAUUAAGCACAUUCCCCAUUUGUUUGACAGAUUUAUUGAUUAAGAAAGUGGGAUUUUUAAUGCUUGGAGCAUAUUUCGAGCCAAACCUUGAAAACUUCUGAUGUUCCAGACCACCACGGCAUUAUUCUGUGGCCCUGGUGAAAUAUUCUCAUUGCUCCAUUCUGAGUAUAAAUAGCAAAGUCGUCUCCUCGUGACUGCUCUAAAGGCUCUCCACUUUGCUCUUUCAUCCCUGUUGUUUGUGUCAGUGUAUUGUAGCACCGUCGGCACUGCGGGUGCAGAUAUGUUUGCUCUGCAGGUUGAUAUUAAGGUUAUUAGAGUGAAACUGAAGGAGCUGGAACGACGGUUUAUGAAACGUACGAUGCAUGCGUGUGAAUCCAGUUGUUCCUGAUUAUUAAUUAAAUGGCAAGAAAUGCAAGUGCAUUGGGUUCAAAAUCCUCAAUGCAGUCGUAUCCAAGCAGUGCAAACAUAGCAGUGAAUUCUAAUAGAUUACUGGGAUUGUUCAUGCAGAUGAGAAAACAAGUUUUCUGAUCCUAUUCUCAUUUCCUGAUAAAAGCAAACUGUGUCACCUGACACUGGUACCUGAAUCCCAGCAGGCACCAGAUCACUCUGUCUGGACGUUAUGAGGCUACAGGCUACCCUUUGACGUCGCUAAAAUUAAUGUUCUGUUUAUUGACUCUAUAGUUAAUUAUAUCUAUUUAGUUCAGUGAUUUUUCAGUUGUGUGGUUUGUCCUAAUGUCAAGCUUGAUCAGUCCUGGAGCGUGAAAAUAUGCACUGACCUCAGUGUAGGGCAGCAGUUAAUCCCAAAUCAUUUAACUUAGUGACAUGCUCGAGGAGACACCUGAGGAUAAACUUAUAGCCUGAUGGGUUGUGAUGCUUUUCUGUUCAUCACGGUUGUACAGAGUGACUAUUUGACUUAUUAUAUCCUUCCUUGAACCAAUCUGGCCAUUUUUCUCCUAACCUCUCUUAUCAAUAAGGUUUUCUGCCCACAAAACUGUCAGAUGUGUUUGCCCAUUCUGUAUAAACUCUGUAGAGUCUGUAGAAAUCUGAAAAACGGUAAUAUAUAGCACCAAUAUUUAUGCCACGGUUAAAGUCACAGAGCUCAGACUUUUCCCCGUUCUUAUGUUUGAUGUGAAGAUUAACUGAAGCUCUUGACUUGAAUCUGCAUGAUUUUAUGCAGCUGCCACAUGACUGGCUGACUGAUAUAAAUCUCUAGUAUAUGCUUUUGCCUGAUUUUACAGAAAUAAGUAUGAAAAUGUUGAUUGUAAUGAAUGGUAUGUUCACAAGUAACCAGUAUUAGCUCUCUUAGCAUAGCAUUUCUCCUCCUCAAUGAAGUACAGUAUCAUCAUUUUGAGCAAUUCUCGGUUAAAAACUGUAGCCGUGGUUUUACGGGUGGACUCCUGGAUCACAGAGAAUAGCCAGAGGUCAGAAUGAUGUAGCAGAGACCUUUUAUAAGCUACACUAGUAGUGUCCAGGGGUUUUGUGACGGCUUUGCUAUUUUUACUCACCAAGGAAACAAGCAAAUGGAAAUUCCUCUCUAAACAUUCCAGCUCUGCCGGUACUCCACUCACUCGUACAACCAUGAAUGUAAAAUUAUAACCUUCUGGUUUGUUAUGUUAGUGUGAUAGCAGUAGCACAAUAUUGCCAAUUCAACUACUUUAGAUUUUCUUUCUACUUUUACACCACUAUCCCUCCACUCUUACCUCCAAAUACCAAACCUCUUGGGUUUUUUUUCCUAAGCAAGCUUUCCCUUCCACACAAACAAGCCUGGAAGUCCACCAUCACUGCUGUCAGCACCACUGCUUAACACUUUCGGUCGUACUUGAAACUGUCGGCACUUCACUGUGUCCUUUGUGAUUUGACUAAUGCUGUAUUAUGUGUGCGCAUGUGUGCGUGUAUUCAAUAAAAAGUUUAAAAAAACACUA